AUGGGCCCGGAGCCGGAGGCCACCACACCGCCACGACCCGAAGCUGCCCCCCAGGAGCAGGGCACCAGGCCCGCUGCGACGACCGAGGCAUCGGCGACAGAGCCGAGUGUCGAGGUCGGGCCCUCUCCAGCUGAGCUAGCAGCAGAGGGGACCGCUGCCACGACGGAGGCUGCAGCGCCAGGGGUAGCGGAGGUGGUGGAGGUCGCGGCGCCGGAGGCAGCGGAGGUGGCUGCACCGGGGGCGACAGAGGCAGCGGCACCGGAGGCAGCAGAGACAGCGGCACCGGAGGUCGCCGAAGUUGCCAGCUACGCCGCCCCACUGGCAGAGGAGGAGGAACCGGAGGUUCGCCUGGGCGACCGCAUCAACUCCGUCUCUGCCCGCUACGCCGAGGAGCGCGCCAAGCUCGUGCAGGGGCGCGAGCUUCUGCAGGAGGAGCUGGAGCAAGCUCGCGUCCGAGAGGCGGCGGCGCUCCAACGGGAGAAGGCGGCCACGCGGCGGGAAGCAGAGGCCCUCGAGGGGCUGAUCGCUGUGGAGGAGAUGAAGCAGGCGGUGGCAGACAGGAAGGCGUCGGCAGCGGUCGAGGCGGAAAAAUAG